AAUUAUGUACCUGUAAUUAUACAAUGUUGUUAUGUUGGUGAUCAACUGUUUCCCUGUAUACAUCUAACUUCCAGAAAACAGAAUAUAAAAAAGCAAACAACUAACAAACAAACAGAUUUCUCUACAUUUAUCAUGUUUGAACUCCACUUCAAUUGUAAUGGUAAAAUUCCUUCGUGUCUUCUUUCGUCAUAUAUUUAACCUUAAAUGAUCCACUUUAUUUCUUUCGAAAUACCUGACGUACCUAGAUAAAUAACUGGAUGUCGGGCAUACUUCAGGUACAGGUCAUGGGAUUAUAUACAGAUGUUUAUAGUAUAUAAGUCUUAAAUUUGAGAUUACCAAUACGACUAGAACAAAAAUGUUUCAAUACAUAUUAUUUUCCGUACUACUUGUUUUCCCAUUUCCAAGCCACGAGGCUUCUACAAAGAAAACGUCACAACUGACCACACAAACAACAACAGAGCAACCAGAAAUUAGAUGUAACAUAAGAAAAACGCAGUGCCCGGAUGGUUUUUGCUGUGCAAGAGAUGAGUUUUUGCCUGAGUAUACUACGUGUAAACAUACUGGUAUAAUAAAGUCUUCUUGUUCGACAGUAAUGAAUGAAGCCAUGUGUCCAUGUGAAACCGGAUUAGUUUGUGUUCCAAAUGUAAACAGUGUAGAUUUCGUAUCAAUUUACGGUAAAUGUCAAAAGAAUAUUACGACAAUCGAUUCAACUAUUGCAACAACUGUAAAAGGAUCAACCACAAUACUAACUACAACAACUAGAAAACAACACAUGGAACAUAAUCAUCCUCCAAUUAUUCAGUUUCAUAGUUCAGCGGUAAAAGUUUCAAAAUUUUCCAAAGUUGGACAACCAUUUUCAAAAUUUACUGUAAAGGAUAAUGAUCCGGGUAAAAACGGAAUAGUGCAGUGUUCAGUGAUACAACCGGGAUUUUUUAAGAUAGAAAAGGUUGAUAGCUACUUAUUCCAAGUGGAAGUAGCAUCUUCAUUAGAAAAUUUGUCUCCACAAGCUUUGGGUACACUUAUCAUAUGCCAAGACAACGGAACUCCUCCAUUAAAUGGAAUAAGACAAGUUUCUAUAAGUAUUGUUCUUGAAAAUGUAGCAUUCGAUACUACUACAAUCACUCCAUCAACUUCCGUAACUAUGGAAACGAUAAACUCAAAUUUAGAAUCGACUUCGAGUAAAACUGAAAUUACACAAACUGUGAAUACCACACCAAGUAAUGAAAAUUCAACAGCAUCAUCUUCUGAAACUUCAGAAACUUCCACUUCCGUUUAAGUCUGUACCAUUAGUUAAUACACAUAGUACGCAAUAAAAGACUAGUUUUCAAUUAACUUUGUGAAAAGUGGAAUUUUCAAAAGAUCUUAAUUUGUGUAGUGAAUUAUUCAAAAGGGAAAACUACUAGUAUUGAACUACUAAAACUGUUAUAACAUUAUUUAUCACUCAUCUUUGUUCUGAACAAAUCUCAGUUGACCUUAAAUAAAAGGCGAUCUCAUAUUCUAAAAGUUGACCUUUUUUAAAGGUCCUCCUAACUAAGAACAAAUAUACUAUGUUGUUGUAUAUCAUUUUCUCUCUCUCGUUAUUUGUUCAUACAUUCUGGCCUUUUAUAGCUGUCAAUGUUUUACUCAUUUUAAAUCAAAUUUGAUUGUUAUCUUAUUUCUAAAGUAAAUUAAUCAGGAGCCUGUAA